CAAAUUGAUUAAAUUUUAAAUUUUGUUAAAUAUUUUGUGAGGGUAAAUUCGUCUUUUAUUUAUAACCCGAGACAAGCAGAAAAACGAAAAAAUCAACAAUGGCCAAAAGUGGUGGAGAAAUCUGUUCAGAAAAUUACAGUUCUGAUGGUUCAAAUGCUUCUGACAACGACUUGAUAGUUGAAGCAUUUCAAGUGAGUAAUAAACUCUCCACAGAGACAGAGGAUUUACCAAGCGACGAUAGCGAUGCACCAGUAGGACUGUCAUGGAAAGAUAGCAAAGCAGUGUUUGAACAAGACAAAAGAGACAGAAAUAAUGCAAUAAAUUAUGCCCGAUCUGUGGAUAAAGCAAGGAGACGCAAGAAAAACGAAAUAUUCGUGGCUCAAAAAGAGGCAAAAUGGAAACUAACAAAACUACCAGACGACAUUAUAGAAGCUGUUGCUAAUAAACCGAAGCAAAUAGAAUUGGAUAAAAUUGAGGAAGAAAGGGAGAAAUUAAAAAGAAAAAAAGCCAUCAAACAUAGUAAUACAAAGAGAAACAAGAAAAAACUAGCAAGAGAGGAAAAUUGUCAUGUUGUGAUACUGGAGGAUGAAGUGAUCAAAUCAAAGAAAGUUCAGGAAACAGCUGCAGAAUUUUUGAGAAACCAUUUCUACGGUGACAGGCUUGUGAGAACAUCAGGACCAAGACAGUUAACAAUGGAGUCAAAAAGCUCUGGUGUUGUAAAACCUGCUGUUAAAUUUAACAACAAAUAAACCUGAGUCAUUGUAAUUUUAGACGUUUUACUCAUGUCAUAAAUAAAAGCUUAUUAACAGUAAACAGUAAAUGCUGGUCCUACUU